AUGAAGGCAGAUAUUGUUCUGAAUCCUGGAAAAAAGCAGUAUGUUAAGAUAUUAUUUAAAUGCCUUUCAGUGUGUAAUUCACCUCUUUUUUUUUUCCUCCAGAAAUGUUAUGAACAAAAACAGUACAAAAAUGGACUCAAGUUCUGCAAGAUGAUCCUUUCUAACCCCAAAUUUGCUGAACAUGGAGAGACGCUGGCUAUGAAAGGAUUGACUUUGAACUGUUUAGGGAAGAAGGAAGAAGCAUAUGAAUUUGUUCGUAAAGGACUCCGUAAUGAUGUAAAGAGUCACGUCUGUUGGCACGUUUAUGGUCUUUUGCAGCGUUCUGAUAAGAAAUAUGAUGAAGCCAUCAAGUGCUACCGGAAUGCACUCAAGUUAGAUAAGGAUAAUUUGCAGAUCCUGAGAGAUCUCUCACUCUUGCAGAUUCAAAUGAGGGAUUUGGAAGGAUAUAGAGAGACAAGAUACCAGUUACUUCAGCUGCGCCCCACACAACGAGCUUCCUGGAUUGGAUAUGCAAUUGCAUACCACUUACUUAAAGAUUAUGAUAUGGCCUUAAAACUACUUGAAGAGUUUAGAAAAACCCAACAGCUCCUCUUCUGGUGCAGCCCAGAAGAUUUGGUGUUACUGAAACUUGUUUGAAUAAAUCGAGUGGAGCAAUGCCAAAAUUCCUGAGUAAAACUUUUUUUUUUU